CACCGGAAAUUUUUCGAUAAAUACACCUUAUUCCACUUUUGCCCCUCGCCUGACAGAUAUUUUCCAGGAAACUCUCGGUAAGUUUCAAACCUCGCAUUCCAAUGGAUCUCUUUCCCGUCUUCUCCGGCGACGGAGCGUCGGAACAGUCCGAUUCCGAGGAGGAACACGAGGACGUCAGUUCGGUUUCUAAUCUCUCCAAUCCGAGUUCCGGUUGGAGCUUCGGCGGCCUGUUUAAGACUAUCGCCUCCAAGUCGGAAUCUGUAAUUUCGAACUACCGCCAUGAUCUUGAGGAGUUAGGAUCCGGAUUGAGGAUGGAGACGUCGGUGAUCCGUGAAGUCGCAUCGCGUGCCGUGAAGGAUCUUCCGACGACGCUCGAUGUCGGUGCGUCCGUUGCGCAGGAAUCUCUGGAGUCGGUCGGCCAAGUAAUAGACGAUAUCGGAAGCGCCGUCUGGAAAUCGACGUCAAAGAUCAUCUCACAUGGUAGGGAAACGUUUUUAGCUUCUGAUCUUGUUUCUGAAAAUCAUGAAAAUAGCAGCGAUGUUGUUCUUUCGUCAAAUCAAUUAGGCAAAACUAGAAAUCUCGAAUUCAAACAGUAUAAUAGGUUCAAUACACAAUUGAUUGCGAUUCAGCGAGACCUAAAUACAUAUUUGGAGGAACCUAAGGAUAUAGAAAAUUACAAAAAUUGGAAAUUAGGGUUCGUAUUGGAAGACAAAGAAGAAGAAAUUGAGGAUUUGGUUAAAGAGAGUGAAGAUGUUCGGGAGACAUACAGGACGGUCGUUCCAAGUACAAUCAGCCAUGAUGUCUUCUGGAGUAGGUAUUUUUAUAGGCUUCACAAGCUAAAACAAGCAGAAGAAGCCAGAGUUAAGCUUGUGAAGAGGGCCAUUUCUGCAGAAGAUGAGGAAGAUUUGAGUUGGGAUGUUGAAGAAGAUGAUGACAAAGAAGGGAAUAUUGAAUUGGAAUCAAGUGGAGCUCUCAGUAGUGAGAAGAGAGAUACUGAUGACAGUUCAGAGAGUGCCAAAACAAGAGAGAGAAAUGUGAAGAUUGAUGAUAGCUUGGAGAAAAUGGCUGUAGAUGGAAGAGGAGACAGUGGGGAUUCUUGCAAAGACAGUGACAUUUCAAUAAUUUCCAGUCAGGCUGGGGAAGAAGAACUUGGAUGGGAUGAAAUUGAAGACAUUGGAACCAUUGAAGAGGCCAAAGCUAACAUUUCUGCUUCUGGCAGUGUACAAAAAAUUGGAUUGAACAAGCGGUUGAGUGUGGCAGAGGAAGAGGAAGAUCUGAGUUGGGAAACUGAGGAUGAGGAUGAACCUACUAAAUCAUGAAGAAGAGAACAUCUUUUCUUCUUUUCCUCAAGUUAUUAAGUUCAUAGAAUCUAUUGAUUUUGAAACUACAGUCAUUUUGUUGAUAAAGUAUAUUCAUUUGGGUUUGUGAUUAUUGUUCAUAUCUCAUUAUCUUUUGACUUGUAUAAAUUGGCUUCUUUAUCUGCCUCAUUUUGGGUGUUGAUUCUAGAUUGCAAUCACUUGGAAGUUGACAAA